AUGACAACCUACAUUACCAAAGCAUUAUCAUCCCUCGCUACCAACGGUACACUCACACCACCUCUCACACCCAAUGAGAACGAUGCCAAAUCAAUCUCACGAUCAUCCUCUCCCCACCCUUUGAUCUCUCCUGAACAGAACCUCCUCCGACUCAAAGCUCACUUACAGAACCUUCCCACCGAUUUACUCAAACAUGUUCAUCUGUCGAAGAUCAGAAGAGAAGAUCCUUCGUUGUACUUCUCAGCUAUUAGAGAUGAUUUGACCGGUCUCGCACCAAUUGUGUACACUCCAACGGUCGGCGAAGCAUGUCAAAAGUAUUCACAUAUCUACCAAGGUCCAGAGGGUCUUUACCUCUCUAUUGACGAUAAGGACCGAAUACCCGAAAUCCUGGCUGCAUACGCAUCCAAUCUCUCUACCACACCCCAAAUCCUCGUCGUCACUGACGGGUCUAGGAUUCUCGGUUUGGGCGAUCUUGGUAUAGGAGGUAUGGGUAUCUCAGUUGGGAAGUUGAACCUUUACGUUGCUGGAGGUGGUGUUAACCCUCAUGGUUGUUUACCCGUGGUUCUCGAUAUGGGAACCAACACUGAAUCUAUAAGGAACGAUCCUUUAUAUAUCGGUUUGAGAAGACCAAGAGCUUCUCUCGAAGAGGCUACCGAGUUCAUGGAUCUCUUCAUGGCUGCAGCCUCGUCAGCUUUCCCAAACGCUGUGAUCCAGCAUGAAGAUUUCUACUCAGAAGCUGCCUUUGCAUUCUUGGACAAGUACAAGAACCAAUAUAGAAUGUUCAACGAUGAUAUCGAAGGUACCGGUUCAGUCAUCCUUGGUGGAUUCAUGGCUGCUGCCAAACAAGCUUCUGCAGCUUCUGGAAAGGCCCUGAAGGAUCAUAGGGUUGUUUUCCUAGGUGGUGGAAGUGCUGCUGUUGGUGUCGCCAAAGAAAUGAUGAACUUCUUCAAGAUGCAAGGAUUGACCGAGGAUGAAGCUAGAGAGAGGUUCUGGUUAAUCGAUACCAAGGGAUUGAUCACUUCCACUCGACCUGAUGUCGUAGCUGGUAAACUCGCUUCUCAUAAGAAGUACUUUAUCCGAAACGACACCGAAGGCAAGGAAUACCCCUCCUUGGCCGAUGUGGUAGAAUACGUCAAACCCACUGCUCUCGUCGGACUGUCAACCACCUUUGGAGCAUUCGGUGAAGAUGUCGUAAGACGAAUGGCGGAUCUCAACGAAGCUCCUAUAAUCUUCCCUUUAUCCAACCCCACCUCGAAAUGUGAAUUAUCAUUCUCCGAUGCGUUGGACUGGACAGACGGUAAAGUCCUUUUCGCCUCUGGAUCACCAUAUGCCCCUAUCGAGAGAGAUGGUUUGUUGAGAGAACCAGGACAAGGAAACAACUUUUUGGUGUUCCCUGGUAUUGGUUUCGGUGCUUUACAAGCUGGUGCCAACAGAGUGACAGAAGGUAUGAUCACUGCUUCUGCGAUUGCCCUUUCGGAAGCACUGAAUGAAGAAGAAAAGAAAGCUGGUUUGCUGUACCCUAGAUUAGAUAGAAUUAGAGAAGUGUCUGCGAGAGUCGCUGCUGGAGUAGUAAAGAAGGCUCAGGAGGAAGGGGUGGAUACUAAUGAGAAAUUGAGAGGUUUAGAUGACCAAGCUUUGAUCAAGGAGAUGAACGAUGCUCAAUGGUGGCCUUAG